AUGCCUUAUAUUGUAUUAAAAGUUUUAUUAAUAAAGAUUUACGGGUUGCAUUCUGAAUUUGCCUCUGGAACUCCUGAUUAUAUUGAAUUGGAUAAUCUAGGCAACUUAUUCGAAUUCCAAAUUGAGAUCGUAUUGUCAGGCUUGUAG